AAGUACACCGAUCAGUUUCGCCUCUCAAUCGUCCUCGUUUCCUUCCCACGCUAAAAUCCCUCGCGUGGUUCUUCUCAAAUCCCUCAAACCCUGUUUGGUUCCUCUCCGAUCGCUUCCGUUCUUCGCCGCCAUGGCCGGUACCGCAGAAGAUUUCGUGAAGGGCCGCGUUUUGCCGAACGGUGUCGCCAUCAUCACCCUCGAUCGCCCCAAAGCUCUCAACGCCAUGAAUCUAGAGAUGGACUUAAGAUUCAAGGGUUUCUUAGAUGAGUGGGAACCUGAUCCUAGCGUAAAGUGCAUCUUAGUCGACAGCAGCUCAAGCCGUGCCUUUUCUGCAGGAAUGGAUAUCAAGGGUGUUGUGGCAGAAAUUCAAAAGGACAAAGCCACACCACUUGUACCAAAGGUAUUUGCUGCAGAGUAUUCUUUGAUAUGUAAAAUAUCGGAGUAUAGAAAGCCUUACAUUUCCUUAAUGGACGGUGUGACUAUGGGGUUUGGAAUUGGGCUGUCUGGACAUGGCCAAUAUCGCAUCAUCACUGAGAAAACUCUUCUUGCAAUGCCAGAGAAUGGAAUUGGUUUGUUUCCAGAUGUUGGUUUUGCUUAUAUUGCUGCCAAUACUCCUGGGGAAGGAGCAAUUGGUGCAUACCUUGGAUUGACUGGAAAAAGAAUAUCCUCCCCUGCUGAUAGUCUGUACAUAGGUCUUGGAACUCAUUUUGUUCCCUCUGGUAGCAUAGCUGCCCUCAAGGAAGCCCUGCAAAAUAUCAAUUUCUCCAAUGAGCCUCACAAAGAUAUUGAAGCUGUGCUAGCAGAGUACAGUAAAGAACCUGGUUCAGAGUCUCAACUGAAAACACUUUUGCCUCAAAUUGUUUCAUCUUUUGGUGUAAAUAGAUCAGUCUCUGAGACAAUAGAGGAGCUGAAAAGGCACCAAACAAGUACUGACACUGCAGUGGCAGCAUGGGCUAGCGAGGCUCUUUCUGGAAUAGCUAAAGGUGCUCCGUUCUCUCUUUGCCUCACCCAAAAACAUUUUUCUGAAGUUGCAUUAGCACAUAAAAACAAUCAACAUCAUCUAUCAAAACUAACUGGAGUAAUGAAAACUGAAUUCCGGAUCGCUUUGAGAUCCUCACUUCGAGAUGAUUUUGCUGAAGGUGUUCGGGCAGUCUUGGUGGACAAGGACCAGAAUCCGAAAUGGAACCCAUCCAGAUUGGAGGAAGUUGACACUGCUGAAGUGGAAUCAGUUUUUGCCCCAUUACCUGAUGAAAAUGAAUUAAAUGUAUGACAAGGAAGAGUUAAUGAAGGUGAAGAAAAGGACCUGCUGCAAAACCUUGCUCUGGUAUGCCCUCGGAAAACAUUAAAUGAGACAAUUAUGUGGUCUCAAAUUGUAGGUAUUUGUCUUCUCUGAUAAUGUAAUUUUGAUAUAUUCGACUUGAAUAACAUUUACAUAAGGAUUGCUGGAAGUGAAGACACAUAAGUUUAAUUUAAGGUUCCUUGCUGAA